AUGAAGAACGGUCUCGUCCUCGCGGCCGUUGCCGGCAGCUUCGGCGCCGUCUCUGCCAAGAAGGUCUUUAUUGAGAACGACGGGCUGAACGCGCUGCAGCUGCUGCUCCCAAUCUACGGCGGCUACGACGUGGUGGGCGUGUCCAUGUCGUUUGGCUCGUCGUCCAGCGCGGACGCACUGGGCUCGGCCUACGACGUGCUGACGACCUACAACAUGACGUCGUGCAUCCCGCUGUAUCUGGGCGCGGAGCAGCCGCUGAUCCAGACCAACGAGACGUUCCACCUGCACAACACGCUCUUCGGCGCGCCUGUUUGGGAGGGCGCCUUCACGGCCGGAUACACCGACUCGUACAACAUCAGCGACAUUCCCUACUCGGCCGACGUGCCCGGUGCGCUGGCUCUGAUCGACGCCGUCCGGUCGAACAAGGACACCGAUCCGGUCAUGAUCUGGGCUGCUGGCAUGAUGACGACCGUCGCGCAGGCUCUCAGCAUCUACCCCAAGCUGGUCGAGGAGGCCGCCGGCCUGUACAUCAUGGGCGGCUACAUCGACACGCAGUACGCCCAGGCGACCGGCAGCGCCUUCCAGGUCGACGUCAACACGGACAUCAACCUGAUCCAGGACCCCGAAGCCGCCCAGAACGUCCUGACGGCCGGCUGGAAGGAGCUCUACAUUGGCGGCAACGUGACCAACUACCUGGUGCCCUCGCAGGCGCUGUACAACCGCAUCAUCAAGAAGGCCGGCGGCCUGGACGUGAUCAACAACAACAGCUACUUUGCCGCGUUGCAGGACAUCGUCCACAGCGGCAACUACUCGCAGAACGCCAACAACACCGAGCUUAUCCUGCCGUUCUGGGACGAGGUCGUGUCGGCCUUCAUGGCCUUCCCGAACCUGCUCACAUCGACGACACCGGUGCAGGCGGCGGUCGACACCAGCUUCUACUCGCCCUUUUACGGCAACCUGCGCAUCUGGGGCUCAGAGUUUGCGCCUUCGGCCGGCUACCGCACCGGCAACGCGACCAUUGUCAACUCCAUCAAGAAGGACAAGUUUUACGACCUCAUGAUCGACGUGCUUUUCGAGGACUGGCGGGAGUACUGCCAUAUUGGCAAGUACACCAGCCUGAAGGGAAAGCUGAACGGAUACUAG